AUGGAGAAGAGGAAAGUGCUUCCGCUGCCACCGGGACCGCGGCCUAUGCCCAUCAUUGGCAAUAUCCGGGGGAUUGACAUCAAUGCUCCGUGGUUAGGUUACACGGAAUGGGGUAAACAAUACGGCGACAUUGUAUACUCGCACCUUUUCGGCCAACACAUUAAAGUAGCGAUCGAACUUUUGGAGAAGCGGUCAUACAACUACUCUGACAGACCGGACCUUCCAACAAACGUUCUCCUCGGUUUCGGUUUCAACACCAUACUCAUGAAAUAUGGAGCUCGCUGGCGUUACCAAAGAAGGAUAUUCCAUCAAGCAUUCAGGGCAGAGGCAUCUCUAAAUUACCGUCCAAUGCAGCAGCGGAAGGCUCAACAACUUAUCCGUAACAUGCUUGAUACCCCAGAAAAGUUCGUAAGCCAUGUUCGCGCAUUUUCAUCUUCCGUGAUAAUGUCGGCUUCAUAUGACUAUGAUACAAAGCACGAUGACCCAUUGGUGGCGCUCAUCGGGAUGUCUCUCGAGUUGGCCGUGCAGGAACUCAAACCUGAGAUAGCUGCUGUGUUCAUCGCAUUUCCGAUUCUUCUUCGACUACCAGCAUGGUUCCCUGGUAUGUCGAUAAAGAGGAAGGCCAUCCAGUCACGAGAAUGGGUCCGAGAGUGGAUGAACGAUCCUUUCCAGUAUGUGCUCAAAAGAACGGCUGAAGGGACAGCGCAGUCAUGCAUGGUUUCAAACGCCCUCAGACGGAUCGACAGAAAAGAUACUUAUGGUGAGAUAACUAUCAAGGAAUGUGCAGCCACAGCAUUUGGAGCUGCAUCCGAAACGACAGAUUCAGUAUUGCAAGUAUUCAUACUUGCCAUGGUGCUCUUCCCAGAAAUACAAGCGAAAGCCCACACUCUGAUUGAUUCCGUCGUUGGCGCGUCGAGGUUGCCGACUUUCGAAGAUAGAUCGUCCCUGCAGUAUAUCGACGCUAUCCUUCGGGAAACUCUUCGUUGGCAUCCGAUUUUGCCCCUAUCAGUAACACAUGCGUCGGUGGAUAGUGAUGUGUAUGAGGGAUACUAUAUACCCAAAGGUGCUAUCAUUAUGCCGAACGUGUGGGCAAUGUCACAAAAUGAACAGAAAUACCCAAAUCCUUCGCAAUUCUCUCCUGAGCGCUUCCUGAACGCUGAUGGCAACCUCAAUGACGACACCGUCAAUAUGGCCUUUGGAUUUGGAAGAAGGAUCUGUGUUGGCCGACAUUUUGCCGACGCAUCUGUAUGGAUAGCAAUGUCUGGUCUACUUGCUAUGUUUACGUUUUCGAAACGAAUUGGUGCAGACGGAGAGGCGAUUGAGUUCGAACCGCAAUGGUCCAGUGGUAUCGCAACUCACCCACUUCCCUUUCCCUGCAGCAUCACUCCGAGGGUUCGCAAGGCAGAUAUAUGA